UGUUUGCAGAUCCAGAUUCCCUAUAUAAACUGAACUCUCUUCUGCACUGUUUCAUAGUCUCUAUCUCUCUGAAGAAAAAAAAAGUUAGAAAUAAAAAGGAUAAAGAUGAGCUGCUCUGUUAAUUUUGCAAACCCAUUGAUUCAGAGCUCCUCUGUUUUCAACAAUUCUCACAAACUCAAACCCAAUUCCUUUUUUGUUCUUCAUCCAUUAAACUCCCCUUCUUCUGUUUCUUCCAAAUUCAUUAAGAAUCCUUUCUCUCACCGCCCUUUAUCGGCGGUGUUAACCGGAGAACAAACCGAUCUCCAGUCAGAAGUUGGAAAAAAUGACCAAAAAGCCCCCAUCCGUUUCAGAGACUACAUGCUUCAGAAGGCUAAUUUGGUCAAUCAAGCUCUCAACGACGCCGUUUUACUGCGGGACCCACUCAAGAUUCACGAGGCCAUGCGUUACUCUCUUCUCGCCGGCGGAAAACGGGUCCGGCCAGUGCUCUGUCUCGCUGCAUGCGAUCUCGUCGGCGGUUCUGAGUCCGCCGCCAUACCGGCCGCCUGUUCCAUCGAAAUGAUCCACACCAUGUCGUUGAUCCACGACGACCUUCCAUGCAUGGACAACGACGACCUCCGGCGAGGUAGGCCGACGAACCACCGUAUCUUCGGCGAGGAUGUGGCGGUGCUUGCUGGAGACGCGCUUCUAUCUUUCGCUUUUGAGCAUUUGGCGGCGGCAGCGACGGCGGCGGAGGUGUCGCCGGAGAGAGUGGUGCGUGCAAUUGGGGAAUUAGCGAAGGCCACCGGAACGGGAGGGUUGGUGGCAGGGCAAGUGGUGGAUAUAGACUCGGAGGGAGCAAACGACGUCGGAUUGGAACUUCUUGAGUUCAUCCACGUGCAUAAGACGGCGGCGCUUCUGGAAGCAGCCGCCGUCAUCGGAGCAAUCGUGGGCGGCGGAAGCGAGGAGGAGGUGGAAAAGCUGAGGAAAUUCGCCCGACGUGUCGGACUACUGUUCCAAGUGGUGGACGACAUUCUGGAUGUGACGAAGUCGACGGAGGAAUUAGGGAAAACCGCCGGAAAAGAUGUGGCGGCGGAGAAAGCGACGUAUCCGAAAUUAAUGGGAAUUGAAAAAUCAAAAGAAUUUGCAGAAAAUUUGAGGAAAGAAGCCGUAGAGACGUUGGCCGGAUUUGAUCCGGUGAAGGCGGUGCCGUUAAUUGCAUUGACGAAUUACAUAGCCUAUAGGCAAAAGUAAGCAAAAAAUUGGAGAAAUUAUUCGACGAGCACGCUGAUAAUCUUGCAUCGUUGGGUGUGAAAAAAGAGAACUACGAAAUAUUUUAGACUUACAUUCGUGGAUCAUUAAAGACUACAAAUUUUCGAAUUCACAUCCGACGAUAAUUAUUGAAUCUCGUUGAAUAAUAUAAAUAAUAUUUCGAAUAAUAUUUCAAAUUAAAAGUUUGGUAAGUUGAUGGCACAUUUGUUGGAUUUGUUGUAGUAUGGGUCGUUUUUAGGGGUUUCAUUUUAGAGAUUGAAAAAAAAAUGUGAUUUCAUUUUCA